GCAGCCGCCGAGCCCGCUUGGAAGGCGAUGUUUCCAUCUGCGCGGGGCGCCGGGGCUGUAGGUGCGGGUGACACAGCGAGAGGCCGGGCCGGCCGCUCGGCCUGGGCAGCGCCGCCGCCUCGGGCAGCCGCGGGGGAAAGAUGUCGGUGGCGGGGCUCAAGAAGCAGUUUCACAAAGCCAGCCAGUUGUUCAGUGAAAAAAUAAGUGGAGCAGAAGGAACAAAGUUAGAUGAAGAAUUUCAAGAGAUGGAAAGGAAAAUUGAUGUUACUAAUAAAGCUGUAACAGAGCUUCUGUCCAAGUCCACAGAGUAUCUUCAGCCAAAUCCAGCAUACAGAGCCAAGCUGGGAAUGCUAAACACUAUGUCAAAGAUCAGAGGACAAGUUAAAACCACAGGCUAUCCCCAGACAGAGGGACUCCUAGGAGACUGCAUGAUACGGUAUGGCAGAGAGCUUGGCGAUGAUUCUAUGUUUGGCCUUGCACUACUGGAUGCUGGUGAGAGCAUGAAGCAAAUGGCGGAGGUGAAGGACUCGCUUGAUAUUAAUGUCAAACAAAAUUUUAUUGAUCCUCUACAGUUACUGCAGGACAAAGAUUUAAAAGAGAUUGGGCAUCAUUUGAAGAAACUAGAAGGACGCCGUUUGGAUUAUGAUUAUAAAAAGAAGCGUUUUGGAAAGAUACCAGAUGAAGAAGUUAAACAAGCAGUAGAAAAAUUUGAAGAGUCAAAGGAACUGGCUGAAAGAAGCAUGUUCAAUUUCUUAGAAAAUGAUGUAGAACAAGUUAGCCAGUUGGCUGUGUUUGUAGAAGCAGCACUAGAUUACCAUAAACAAUCCACAGAAAUUUUGGAGGAUCUGCAGAGCAAGCUGCAAAACCGAAUAAAUGUAGCGUCUAGUCGGCCUAAACGUGAAUUUAAGCCAAAGCCUGUAAUAACUACAACUCUGGAAAUUGGUGAUAAUCAGCAGCACAAUGGGAUUGCCUAUAGUUCUUCCAUAAAAUCAUCAGGUUCUUCAAUGCACAUGGAUCAGCCUUGCUGCCAAGCUCUCUAUGACUUUGAGCCAGAAAAUGAAGGCGAGCUUGGGUUUAAGGAAGGGGACAUCAUAACUUUGACCAAUCAGAUUGAUGAGAAUUGGUAUGAGGGGAUGUUAAAUGGAGAGUCUGGCUUCUUCCCCAUUAACUAUGUUGAAGUGAUGGUUCCCUUGCCUCAGUGAUUGUGUCAUUCAAGCUGUGAACAUGAUUUCAUGACUGAAAUGAAUUCACAAAUGUUCUGUCAGUGUGGCAUUCUGUGAAAGCCUUGCUAUUUGACUGACUUACUGACUUUUGUAUGCGUCUUUUUAAAAUGUAUUUAUUUUAUAUUCAAAAAAAUUUCACCUUCCCUGACUCAUCAACCUGCAAAAAAACCCAUACCCAGUUUUUUUGCUUUGUGCCUUGAAGAUCACUGUAUGAAGUGUUUACUGGUCGCUCACUGUUGCUCCAAAAAUGCAUUUCCUUGCUAUUAUUGUAUGUGGAUUUUUUCUUUUUUUUAAUCUUUGGCUGCAAUGAUUUUACUAUUGAAAACCAUUUUUAAAAAUACUGUAAGUAAGUGAAGCUAACUGUAACCAGUUCCUAAGUUACUGAUGUCACUGAGCUCUCUUCAUCCACCACACUGUAAUUUAUUGUGAGCAAGUUAAUCCAUGUUUCACAUUGUAUGUUGACAAAAGGCAAAGUGGUUGUUGUCAAUAUUAUGAUGUUGUUGUACUAAGUACAAGUUCUCAGCAUUGAAAUUCCUAUAAUUUACUGACCAAACUGAAUAAAUAUUUCUGUGGGAUAAGAA